UAUAGGUUACGUAUAGUACGUGUGCUGCAAGUCGACGCACUAUAUAUCUAGGUGCAAGGUAUAUAUGAUAUCGAUGGAGGCAGGUGGGCGGUGGAUGAUGGAUGGCACGGCGGCGUCAGCGUGGACACCCGGCGGCGAUGAUAAUAACCACCCUUUCUUGGGUGUGGGGUACCGGUUCCGGCCGACGGACUUGGAGCUGGUGGAUUACUUCUUGAGAGGGAAGAUUAUGGGUGUGCCCAUCACUCAUCCGAUCAUUCAUACCAUUAAUAUCUACGAAACCCAUCCCAGGGACAUUCUUUGCAAGUACGGGACAGUGGGAGAAGAUGCAUGCUAUUUCUUCGUGAAGCAGUCAAGGAAACGGCCGAGCAGGAAAGCCGGGAAUGGGUAUUGGAGGGCAUCCGGUUCUCAUCCGGUCCGGGCCGGAAAGAAGGAAAUCGGGUCCAAGAAGACAUUUGCAUAUCACGAAGGCUUUCAACAAAAGAGUGGUUUCAAAGGACUGAAAACGGACUGGCUCAUGCAAGAGUUUACUCUCAAUCAUAAUACUGGAGAUGACUAUGUGCUGGUAAAGAUUUAUUAUCACAAGAAAAAUGGAAAGGAGAACAUCACUUAUGAGGAGGAGGAGGAGGAGGAGUUCAACAAUAAUUUAAUAACCACACCAUCAGAUACACAUCAUGAUGAUCUGCUUGUUCCUGCGGCUAAUAAUAUGGAGCAGCCCGCCUUAACUAUCACUGGUGAUGAAUCUGUUGAGACCAUGCUGAGUAGUUCAUCACAGCCCAUGGCCAUGUCCCCUCAAGACUGUCUGCAG